AUUCCACACUUUGAAUAUUGCUUAUUUUGUUUCAGUAUGAUCAAAAACCCACGAUAAUCUUACUAGACUGUUCUAAACUGCAACUGGGAAGGGGAAGACUAGACGACAGUGUCACUGCAUUCAGAAGAAGACUAGAAAUAUUUAGGAAGAGUUCGUUGCCUAUGCUGAAGGCUAUGGACAACGUUGGAAGGCUGACAAUAGUGGAUGGUGAUACCGAUACUGUGCCAGUUCAGGAAGAUUUCCAAAGCGUUGUGAAAGAACACGUCGAAUACCUAAAAUCACAAAAAGAAGAGAUGGAACAAAAUCUCGUGCAAAAUGGAUAUGCGUCUAAUGGUCAUAUACCAAAUGGCUACGGUAGCCACAGUCAGUCAAACCACAGACCUCCAACUCCGAUCCAAACAGUGAGCGGUCAUGUGAACAACGUGGCCAAAGGAGUCCAUGCAAUGGCCAAUGGCCUCAUAGCUAACGGGAAGGCCAUGGUGGCCAAUGGAGGAGCACAAACCAACGGAUAUGGCCCAGCGAAAGCUGGGCAUAUAGCCAACGGCUUCGCAGGAGGUGGUGGUGUACAGUCAGUCCCUAGUUACCAACAAGUGGAUGUGGAAGGACAUAUAUAAUCAUUAUAUAAACAGCGUAAAGGAAUAAAGGUGGUAGACAUUCUGUUGAAGUGAAAAUUUCUAUCUAGAAAUUUCAUUUAUCUAGCUAAGUCGUACGUAUUUGAGGCUAAGUAUUUAUUGACGCCGAAGUGUGCAUUUAUUGGUCAGGUGAAAUGUAAUGAAGAAUUAGAGAAUCCUAACCGUAGAUGUUUUGGAGAACCUCG